AUGUUCGAAUGCGUUGUCUGCGCGCGACAGUUCAGAAAGAGGCAGCUGGUCAGGCAGCAUUACCUCCACGUACAUUUGAAGCGUCGACCGAAGAAGUACAAAUGUCGCUUGUGUAACUUCCACUUCACCUGCACCACCCGACCGCGGCACAUGGAGACGGCCCACAACAUACAACGCCCGAAAUGCAACAUCUGUGACAAGAAGUUCUCCUACCCUUUCCUUUUAUUGCAGCACCAGAAAUUCGAACAUUUGGGUGAAAAGCACUACAUCUGCCAAAUCUGUGGCAAAGCUUUUGGCAACGCCAACGCACGGAGCCGUCACAAGCUGACGCAUUUCAAUGAGAAUCUUCUAUGCCCGCACUGCCCAACUAUUUUCAAGCAAAGCAAAAGUCUUAAGUACCACAUGAAGACCCAACACGGAGCGCAGACGAGUGAAGCAUCCAGAAUUAUGUUGAUGUUCGCAUUAGCUAAGCGAAUCGGCGAAAUCGGAGCGACUGGAUCAAACGCGCGGGUUUUUAUACAACCGUUCUGGACACAAGCGGGCGGAAGACUAAUUCCGCUUGGUAAUCUGCUCGUCGAUGACUUCGUUAUGGAAAUCAGCGACAACAUUAAGAAGUAUUCAUGCAAAGCUUGUAAAGUAGCAUACAGACGCGUGUCUGACCUACGUAACCAUAUAAUUAGAUCCCAUCUAAAACAGAAGUUCAUCAAAUGUCGCCUAUGCCCGGAAGAAUUCAUGUACCACGCACAGAGAAAACAACACAUGUACUCGAAACAUAGCGUGGAAAAACCUGAAAAAUUAAUCUGUGGUCAUUGCAAUAGAGGGUUUUUAAGGAAAAACACACUGGCUGAACACAUGAUGGACGUGCACAUAGAAAAAAAAUGCCGGCGAUGCGUUCAGAAAUUCACGAGAAAAAAGAUUUUAUUUCACAUGAACGAGGCUCACGGUGUUGCCAUGCCGACUUGCGGCGUCUGUGGUUUGCGAACGUUGAAGGAAAGCGCGCUAAUCCGCCAUCAGAGAAACGUGCAUUUGAAUGAAAAAAAUAUAAAAUGUAGCAUCUGUGAAAAGAGGUUUUAUACGCAAUCGAAUUUGAAGGAUCAUAUGAUAACUCAUGAGCAGAAUAAAGUGUUUAAAUGUGGUGAUUGUAGUAAGUGUUUUGCGAGGAAGGAGUGUUACAAAGCUCAUUGCAGGAUUCAUACGGGCGUCAGGCCUUAUAAGUGCAAAUUUUGUGCGGCGGCCUUCAUCCAAAGAGCAAGUUUGCGGUUUCAUAUGAAGAGCCAUCAUCCUAAUAACUUGUGAACUGUAAAAACUACAUAAAUUCAACAUUGGCGCCGAUUCCUGUACACACCAUCUAAUUUUAAGUUAAACCUAUCAUUUUCCUUUCCGUUGAAAAAGAAAGGUACGGGUAAUCGACAGGCAUAAACUUUAUGGAACGCACGUCAAUUUUAGGCAGAAAUUAAAAAAGCCCUUCCAAAACUUUAUAUUGGCCAAUAACCCGGCAGAAUUAAGUUGACAGCACACGUCAAAUGGGUUGCAUAUGAGCGAGAUGCCUAUUUUCUCGCCCGGGUUAUUAAUUAAUUUUAAAAUUAACAGUUGUCAAUUAUUCGUCCCUUUCCUUUUCGGCGGAUAAGAAAAUGACAGGUAUAACUUAAGGAUUCGCGGCCCAAUUGGGGCCAUUAUAUACAAUUAUAUAACAUAACGUCAUUGGAAAGAAAAUUACGUAAACGCCAAGUUAUCCUCAAUGUUAUGUUAUGUAAGUAUUACUAGACAAAAAAAAUAUAUACAAAGAAAACAAUGCAGUCUUACGUUGACGCUAUAGUCUAAAUUGGAUAAAUGGGUUAAAAAAUAUGACAAAAAAAAAGAGAUUCAGACCAUGAUUCUGAGUUGAUAUCAAGUCGCAAAAGUAUGAAACUGAAAAUUAUUAGAAAAGGCACUAAAAUUUUCAUGAAAUUUUCGACUGGAAAUUACACUUGAUAUCAACUCAGAAUUAUGGUCUGAAUCAUCCCCCUCAGUAUUCGUUACGGUGCGGUGUCACUAACACCGAUACAUUGUAGCCAUACAAUGGAUGUGGAUACAGGUAUGGCUACCUGGGGAUUAAAAAGGCCACAUUCAACAAUUCAUAUAAAAAUGCAAUACUUCUAUCUGACAUUUCUUUGCAUUGCGCAAAUGUCAAUACUUAUAUUGCUUUUUUAGAUGAAUUGCUUCGAUGUGGCCUUUUUAACCCCCCCUGUGCGUACUUGCAAGUACGUGAAAGUACGUGAGGGUGUAAGUGACAUCGUAACGAAUACUGAGGAGCAUGAUUCAGCUCAUUAUUUUGAGUAAAUUGGAAUUUACUCAGAAUGAUGGUCUGAAUCAUCUCCCUCAGUAUUCGUUACGAUGUCAUUAACGUCCUGUACUAUAUAUAAGUCUAUAGCCUCUAUAGGAUUCGAGAUUUACUCACGGGAUAGGGUUCCCGUGAAACUGCUAUGGCGCUUGGAUUGGAUUGGAUGUGACUUCAGUACUUAACGAAUUUGAAAACGGCCUCUGUGGUCUGGUGUUGAGCGUUGCGCUUUCGAAUCCCUGUGGGUCUACAAAAAUCUCUUUGUGUUCCGUAGUUUGGUUAGGACAUUGCCAGCUGAUCACCUGAUUGUCCAGAAGUAAGAUGAUCCGUGCUUCGGAAGGCACGUUAAGCCGUUGGUCCCGGUUACUACUUACAGAUGUAAGUAUGUAGUCGUUACUUGAGUCACGUCAGGGGCCUUUGGCGGCUCAAUAAUAAUCCUGACACCAGGGUUGGUGAGGUUGGUCAUAUACCUCAUAACCCACACGAUAAGAAGAAUGAAUUUGAAGAACUUCGAGGUAAAAAAGUAAGUAACACAUUCAUUUUAAUUUUAUUAAGUACUAGAGGUAUAUUUACAUUUGAUUUAGUAUUUAUAAUACAGGAACCUAGUCACAGUAUUUUUUUUAUGUAAAACGUUGCAAACUAAUAAUAUACUAAUUUUGAAUUUUCUCUGAAUAAACGAUCAAUCCAACAUAACAUAAGCUCAGGACUAUGUUCCAAUGAGAUAGUCAGAGGCACCUCCAUCGCAAGAUGAACUAAGUACCCACACCUCACCGAGCUUUCUGUUAGACCAACGUGUUACGUGGCGAACCGCCAAUAUCCUCAAUAGAUUUUAUCGAACUUUUCGGUUUGUUUAAGUACGAGAUAAAUUAUGAAAU